AUGGACGAGAUGCGUGCCAUGCUGGAUCAGCUGAUGGGGGAGGACAGGAAUCUAGGCGCCACUGAGAAAGCCAAGUACAAGAAGCGGCACCACACCGAUAAAGACGUGUGCAAGUUCUACUUGUCGGGAUUCUGUCCCUAUGAGGAAUUCAGACGCACGAAGAACGACUGUGGCGAUUGCCCCGGCAUCCACGACGAUGGAUGCAGGGCACAGUACGAGGCGGAGGACGACCGCACCAAGGAGCGCCUGGGCUACGAGGCGGAGCUCCUGCGCUGGUUGGAGAAGCUCCUGACCGACCUUCGGAAGCGCAUCGACAGCAACACCGUGCGCCUGCGUGCCGUGGAGAACCCCCUGCUCCUGCAUGAGGACCAGGCCAAGCUGGAUGCCAUGACGGCCCAGAUGAAGGAGCUGGUGGCUCGUGCGGAGAGACUGGGGGAGGAGGGGGAGGUGGACGGCGCGAUGGAGGCCACCAACGAAGCUGAGAAGCUCAAGGCCCAGCGCGCGGCAUUAGAGGCAGCAGCCGAGGCGCGAGCCGGGAACAACGCCCUCAAGAACCUGCAUCAGGAGGUGUGCCCCGUCUCGGGGCUCAUAAUCAACAACGAUGAGACGCGGCUCAGGGACCAUCACCAGGGAAGAAACUUCAAUGCUUGGAAGAAGCUGCACGAGGUGCACGCCCGCCUGCUGGAGGAGCAGCGCGCCCGCAGCGAGCGCCUGCGUGCCCUGCGCGGCGCCGGCCCCGACGAGGCCCCCGCCAAGCCGCGGGACUGGAGCCACUCCAGCCGAGAGCGGGAGGCGUCCAAUGGGGCGCGGCGCAGGGACCGCAGCUGGGAGCGGGGGGGCCGCGACGAGCGGGAUCGCCGCUACCGCGAUCGGUCGAGGGAGGCGCGGCCGCUGCGGCACGGCGACGGCAGGGGGCCCCGCGACGAGACCGGACGGCGAAGGAGGGAGGAGGGGGCGCGGGAUGCGGGGGGCCGGAGCCGCAGCCGGGACCGCCGGCCAGCAAGGGACUACGACGAGGGGCGGGGCCAGGACAGGAAACCCGUCGGAUCAGCGCAGCAUGGCGCCGCCGAGGAGGGUGAGAUCUGA